GAAGAGCUCCUGAAGCGGCUGCUUACUUCCAUAGGCCAGACCAAAGCGGCUGAAUCGCGGUUCAAGAACUUCUUCACCUAUGGCAACCCGCAGACCCAGGAGAAUCCGAAGCCCGGACCCUCGGCCUCGGGUCCUCAGCCGAGCCCUGGCAACCGUGGCUUCGGGGACGAUUUCGAGCGUGCGUGGGAGGCAAAAGCCGAAGAAAAUCGACGAGCUUUUGCUUCAGGCAACCGGAACCAUGCUGGGAUGCCUUCCGGACAGAGGCGCUAUGCCGGGCCCGGGCCCGGCUUUCCUGGUUCCGGAAAGCAGAGGUCAGCGGCCCCACAGACUCCACCGAUCGAGCGCUUCUUUCGGGUCUUGGGCCUGCCAGCCACUGCGAGCCACGACGAGGUCCGCAAGGCUUACCGACAGCUUGCACUCCAGUACCAUCCGGACAAGAAUCCCGGGCAGAAGAAGGCGGCUGCAGAGGCCAAGUUUCGCGAGGUGGCCGAGGCUUACGACAAAGUUUGCGAGUUCUUGCGGCAGAAGAAGUAG